CGCGGCCCAAGAUGCACGGAAAGAUUGUGCUCUCCCUCAUCUUGUGCUUUUCUGCAGUCCUGGGUGAUGGUGAGCCCAAGUUUUCGGGCGGCACCACACUCUGCGAGGCCAGAGAGCCCUUUUUCCGCGAUGUGGAAAGUGAUGCAAAAAUCUGGAUGGAAACAAGAGAGCCGCCUCCAGCCAAGAUCCAGUUUGACGAGUCGGGAUCUUUCUCUUACAAGUCCGUAGCUCUCAUGGGUGUGGGGGAAGCACCACCCUAUUCUGGAUAUCUCACAGGCACUACUCCGAUCUUGAUGCUCGAGUCCGGAGACGACAAAGUCAUUUCGAGGGGGACGCUGCUCGCCGCUUCCGGAGGAAGCUUUGAGCUUCGUGGGGAAACGCUGUCCAUCUCUGUUGACGCUCACAUGAGCGUAGUGAAAGUGCGAUUCGACAUGCAAGGCCAGGUGCAGAUCAACAGCGAGAUUGUCGGACACGUGCAGGAUUUGACUUUGACUGCCCUCUCACAAAUCCAGGUGGUGCAAACCAAAGGAAAAGUUAUUUUGCAUGACCUCGGAUUACCCGGACAGUUUUCAGUUACCAUCAGCGGAAUGGAGGAGGAUUGUGUUGUGGUCAACUACUUCUCCAAACAGGAUGUCAACGUUGAGCUGGACAAGAGCAUGACUGCAUUGCCGGCGUCCUCCGUUUGGACCGAACACAAGAUCAUGACUGCUGGCACGACAACUCUCACUUUCCACGUGUCCAAAGGUCAUGACUUUGACUUUGGCCUAGCCAACAUUUUCCUCCCCUGCUCUGAAGUGCCUGCUAGAGCAACAAGCACAAAAAGCAGCUGUCUGGGGUCGCCUGACGUUUUGAGAGGAAAUGAUUGUCCCGAUGGACUGUAUGGUCGCAAGUGUGACAAGCAAUGUGAAGAAGAUUGGAUUGUGUGUGACACAAAAGGCUGCUACUGUUGCUCCAAAGAGCAAUGCUCUGUUCAAACUGAAGAAGGCGGUACAGUUGGGAAGGCUUUCACCGGUUUGGGUGGUGCCAUAAUUUGCUGCGGCAUCCUAGCGGGCGCCUACAAAGGACACAAGGAGCUGCAAAAGCGUGGACUUUAUCGAGUGCGAGGGUCGACCGAAGAAGAGGACACUGGAGGCGCCGAGUCGUCAUCGGUGAGCGAAACUCGGUCGGAAACCUCGGACGAGAGCAGUGUGUCCAGCGACGGCGAGCUUUCCAACUCGUCGGUUGCCACUUCAACCGUAGUCGACAUGCACGACCCGGACCUGCUGACGGAAGACGAGGAGCCCAAACCCUCAGACUAUUGCAUGUUGAUGUAAAGGUGACCUUUUCAUUUUUUGAGAUUGUCUGAAAUAUUUUUGUACCUCUAUAUUCUGUUUAUCCUACACAAUUUUACAUCAAGUAAUAAUACAAUUUGGUUGUUUAUCCUGAGAUGUUCACAAAUUUUUUUUUUCAUGUUUAAAAUCUGAAUGAUUAUUUGGUAAAAAAUGACAAGUUCUCAAAGAACAAGUUGUUUUUGAAUCUGCCGUACAAAUAUUUUUUUUUUUUUUUUUUUUUAUAAUUUCCGACUGACUAUUAUUGCACUUUUGAUUUCAGUUUUUAAUUUUAAGAUUGACUGAAACAUUAUUUUUUAUGUAUCUCCAAUAGACUGUUUCUGUACAGCAAUGUAAUUUGCUGGAUAAUUUGAGAUGAUUACAAAUCUUUUUUUUUUUCCUGAUUAAAAUCUGGUUUUUUAUUUACAAAUACAACAAGUUCUUAAAGAACAACUUGACUGAAUUAUUUAAAUUUUGUAUUUGUUUGGUAAAUUUUAUGCAUCACAAUUUUGUAGAUUGAGAAUAAUAAUUCAAAAUUUUCUGCAAGAGUGAAUAAGUACAAAUUGUAAACAAUAAAGACUGCAUGUCAAAUAUUAUCAAUAAGCAUUCUUAGUAUUUAAGUGAAAUUGAUGUAACGACACAUGCUGCUGUGUAUUGAAUAAAGGA